CGCCCAUCCAUCAGCACAUCAACAUCCUCUCUCUUAACAACACGCUCCAUCGCGACACCUCUCCAUCUCGUUGUCAUCCUCCAGUAACCUGUCUAUCCUCUCCACAACUCGGUUACAGCCACUGGUCGACACUCCUCCAGCUCUCUCGCUCACCAGCCAGUUACCAGUCGCUGGCGCCAUGUCGAUCGACAAUAUCCGCCGCCCCGACCUGAAGCGCAAGCUCGUCGUCGUCGGCGAUGGCGGCUGCGGCAAGACAUGUCUUCUGACCAUGUACGCCGAGAACCGCUUUCCGGAAGAAUACGUCCCUACCGUCUUUGAGAACCUCGUCACCAAUGUGCCGCAUCCCACGGACCCUGGGAAAACAAUCGAGAUGGCACUGUGGGACACCGCUGGACAGGAGGACUUUGACCGCCUCCGCCCGCUGUCUUACAAUGACACGGACGUUAUCCUUAUCGUGUUCGCGUGCAACCACCGGCCAAGUCUGGAGAACGUGUACGACAAGUGGUACCCCGAGAUGUCGCACUUCUGCGAAGGCGUCCCGCUCCUCCUUGUCUGCACGAAGACCGACCUGCGAAAUGACCCGACGACCAAGAGCCUCAUGGCGGCGCAGGGUGUAACGCCAGUGACGCCCGCCGAGGGCGAGAAGGUGGCCAAGGAGAUUGGAGCGCGCCGCUACCUCGAGUGCUCGGCCAAGGAGGGCCGUGGCGUCAAGGAGGUGUUCGAGACGGCCAUCCGCGAGAGCUUGCGCAAGGGCGCCGCCGUGUCGCGCAUGGUCAAGAAGAACGGCAAGAAGUGUGUCGUGCUGUAGCGUGGAUUCUUUGGCGAGGAGUGUGCUGUUGUUCAUUUAGCAUUAUGGCAUCCGGAUUCUACUAGAG